CUGUUUGUUUAUUUUAUUGUUUUUAUGUAUUUUAUCAUUCACUGUGGUAUUUUAUUUCUCUCUGUGAAGCACUUUGUACUUUGUUUUGAUAAGUGCUCUAUAAAUAAAGUUUGCUCCAAAAAGCAAGUAGGAGUAUCACUCACGUCAAAGAAGACAUCCAUAGACUAUCAGAUGAAUUAAAACAGAAGGAUAUUCUUUUGUCCAGUUUUAUUGACACUGCCUCAGUUCAGGCCAAAAAGAUAGCUGCGAUGACCUGCGCUGUUUCCGCCACUAUCCUGUGGGACACUUCGGCACAUCCUCCUGCUCGACCGCCGAACUCCCAGGCCACUUGGACCGAAGUGGUGGUUAGAAACCACAAGAAAAGCGGCCUCCAGGCGAUUUUAUCUCCGGCGCUCAACCUCUUCAACUCCUCUACCCAAGGGAAAACAGGCGCACUACCGAGGUGCAUCCCAGGACUGUGGUUUACUCAGUGGGAAGAGGACCCCGAGGGGACGCUGUGAACGAGUCCCCCUCCUAUCUUAUUGUAGGAUCAUCCAUGGUCAGGCAAGUCUACUAUCCUACCACAGAAACAUUUUGUUAUCCCGCUGCUCAGAUGCUCCACAUGAACUCCGUGCCCCAUGAACUGCUUCGGGAUAACCCUUCUGCAUCCUCAGUGGUCACACAUGUUGGAUCUAAUGACAUCAAGCUUCAACAAUCCGAAAAGUUUAAGGAUGACUUUAAAACUCUGAUUGACACUGUCCUGGAGUCUGGCAGACUGUGUGUUAUUUCUGGACCCCUGCCUUCUUCUCGGUUCGGAGAUGUGAAAUUCAGCCCUAUGCGCCAGCUGCAUAUCUGGCUGAAAGGACUGACCUGUGCAAUGGGCAUUCCUUUUUUGGAAGCGACCGGACCUAUUUGCAUGGGAUGGACUUCAUCUCAACAGAGAAGAUUAGACAGGGACAGUAUGCAACAAGACAAAGAUGCUCUGCUCAGGAAACUGAUGGAGGCUGAGGUGGAUGGGACAGCAGCUGCCAAGCAGGUUUCAGCCCUGCGAGAAUCUGUUUCCAAACUGUGCAGUGCUAGUGGCAGUAGGCUGUCUGGCUCUGAGUCUUCAGUCUUGGCCCGUCAGAAGGAGCUGUUGCUACAGAAACUGGAGACAUUUGAGGCCACAAACCGAACUCUGCGGCACCUUCUCAGAGAGCAGCACGGAUCCAAGACUGUUUUUGAGCAGGUGGAGUCAAUCCGACUGUCAGAGCAGAAGGAUACAUUACUCAAGAGACUGGCGGACACAGAGGCAGAAAAUGCUCAUCUUGUGGUGAAACUUCAAGAGAAAGACCAAGAGGUUAAUCAACUCUCCAAACUUUUAGAUACUGAAAAGGAGAAUACCAAGAGCACAGCUGAUUUGUCCAAGAGUCUGGAGUCAACAAGAGCUUACUUACAAGGACAGCUCCGCAGCAAAGAAGCUGAGAAGAACCGGCUUACUGUGCAGAUAAAGAACCUGGAGCGAGCAGCCAACCAGCAGAAGGCGGAAAUGGAGCAUCUGACAGAGCACCUAGUGAGGCUGAAGCAGCAGGCCAGUGCAGACCGUGAGGCUAUGAAACGAGCCACGCGAACCCAGAAACAACGAGCUGAGCGCAGCGAGGGUACUGCAGGCCAGCUGAGUGUCCAGCUGCUGGACAUGGAGAAGCAGGUGGCUGAUGCACUGUCAGCAGCUGAGACCUGGCAAAGUCGCUAUGCCCAAGAAGUGAAAGACAAGAGUAAACUAGAUGUUGAACUUUCGCUGUUGAACAGCCGUACAGCAGAGCUGAUGGAGAAGCUGCAGAAUACAGAGGAUAAAGGCAGAAUGGAGAGAGAAGCCCUGCUGGAUCACCUGCAUGGACUGACCACAGAGAUCACUGCUGCCAAACUGGAGAACCAGUCCCUCAAGGCUACAGCAUCUGCAGUGGAGGAGAAGCUGGCCUUGUCUCAGUCAGAGCUCCAGCAGGUUAAAGCUUCCAUCAAGCAGUAUGAAAGCCUGCUGGACAGCUAUAAGAUCCAGGUUGUAAAAACCCGGGCCGAGGCAGAUGAAUACUGUGCUCGGCUGGCUCAGGCAGAGCGAGAGGCCCAGGUGGUGCGGGGGGAGCUGGAGCAGGACAUAGAAGAGGUGCGCAGGGAGCUGCUGGGGCGGCUGGCGGAGCUGGAGCCUCUUCCCGAAGCUUUACGGCGCUCCGAACUCCAGCUGCAGGAGGCUCAGGACAGGGAGCGCAGCCAGGAGAGACACAGCAUGGAGCUUAGCACAACCCUGACUGAUCUCCGCAUGAAGGUGGAGACCCAGGGCAGCCAAAUGGAGCUUCUAAGACAGAAGAAUAAGGUACAGCUGGAGGAGAAAAGACAGCUUCAGCAGCGAGUGGAGAGUUUGGAAAGAAAGCUGGAGGAGGCUGGCAGUCAGAACAGCGACCUGCUGGCCGUCAUUACCAAACGGGAAGACACCAUCGACAGCAAUCAGCUCCGUCUGGAAGAAAAAACAAGGGAAUGUUCCCUGCUGAGCCGAAAGCUGGAGGAGUCUCUGGAUGAUGCUCACCAACAGAUGUCAGAGACCAGAGAGCGUGCUGCCACCAAAGAACACUCCACCCAGUCCAAGAUAUUGGACCUAGAGACCCAACUAAGCAGGACUACCUCAGAAAUCAACCAACUGCGACGCACCAAAGAGGAGGUGGAGCGGCGGUACCAGAGCCGACUGCAGGACGUGAAGGAUCGCCUGGAGCAGUCAGACACUACCAACCGAAGCCUGCAGAACUACGUCCAGUUCCUCAAAGCCUCCUAUGCCAAUGUGUUUGGAGACUUGGCCCUCAGUAACUCACUGCGUGCCCCCUCACCCAUCUGACAGCCUGUCUGUCAGAGGUGUAUUAUACGCACACACUCCAAAAACAGUACUGUGGUUAGAGCUUGUUACUUUUAGAUUUGCUAACAAGAGCUGGAGGCUGUAAGGAUGACAGUCUUGGUCAGUGGCCUGGUUGCUUGUUUCGUGCCACUCAUCAGUUGGGUGAAGAGCAACAGUAUAUAUUGGCUGCUAGUACUUUUAGAAUGCAAGACUUUUUUCAGUAAAGAUUUAUUUAGAACUUAAUUGGUAGACAAGAAAAUAUGUAAUUGGAUUAAAAAAACUUAAUCCUCAAAACAAAAAAUCCUUUGUAAUAUUAAAGCCCUUAAAUGUAGGGUUUAAAAUUGUCUUUGGUGACUCCUAGUGGAAGUAUCAUAAAACACUGUGACAGAGAGCAAUACAUGCUGCUAACACCCCUUUCCACCUCUCCCCUCACCCCGUGGAUUGGACUCAGACACUGAGAAUCAGGAUAAGAACCAGAGUAGUUUGAAAGAUUCUAUAAUCACAUGUAAACUGUACUCAGGGGCUUUAAAUGAAUGAUACAAGGCAUUUCUUGAAGAUUAGAUUGAUGGUCACCUCCAACAUCUUUCAGUUUACCCACGCUUGUUUUAUUAGAUGCUUUAAUCCACUUAAUGCAUUUCUAACACCUUGUAAUACUUUGAACAAUCAUUUAUGAGCUGAGAAAACUACAGAGAGGAGACGAGGGCUUCACAACUUAUCAACCAUAAAGCAAAUUAUGACACUGGCAUGUUUUAUAUUUUGUUCAGCUCGCUCUUGCUGCUGCUUUUACCAUUCCUUACCAUACCCUAACAUUGUAAUGUUUAAAACUGUCUUGCUGUGGAGACCACAUUUGAUCAAACAAUAGCAGUCAGGCACUAAUUGGCUAAAGACAACAAAUGGAGCCUUCCAGUGUUUACUUCACCGCUAUGUGAAAAUGAGUUAUGACACACUGAACAAAGGCUGCUGAGGUUCAAAGAGAAAGCAGUGUUUGGGUCUUGAACACAUUUUGUACUUAUUGCUUUUCUUGUUUUUCCUAUAUUUCCUAUGAUUUUAUCAGAAUUUGUUGUUUGAUCUUCAAGAUCAAACAUCAACACCAAAUAUUGUUGUGUAUUUCCAGUCUUUACAAAAGCUACUGUUUUUCACCAAUCAGUUUCGAUGGGGCCUUGUAGCUUUUCAGAUUGAAUGUUGUCUUCAGAAAUGUGUGAUUGGAUAUUGAAGUCAGUUUGUAUUUUGCAUGCCAAAAACAACAGAAAUGACAUUCAUUUUCUUUAUCAAGACUACACAGUAUCUUUUUUAUUUUCAACCUCAGAUAGUCAUGACAAAAGGUAUUACCAGGAUUAACAGACUAUAUACUGUAUUUGAACUUCUGUGUAUUAAAAAUAUUGAUUUGUUUUAACUCUGUAGCCAAGCCAUGCAUGACACAUUAUGUGCUUAAAUGUAUCUAUGCUCUUUGAUUUUAUGGAGCUGAAAGCAUUGGUGCUAUCACUGUCCUUUGGCUGGUGCAUGGCAGUGUGUGUCAAAGCAGUUCUUUUGGGUUUACAGUUUCACGUACUACGUUAGUAGAAUCAAUAGUUGUUGCUCUUGGUUUUUCUCACAACUGUUUCACAGAGUGUAUUUAAACAACUGAAUAAUUUAUAUCCACUCUGGAUAACUUAAAAGUGGAAAUAAAACGACAAAAUGUCAGUCAAACUGACUGAAGAUU